AUGAGGGAACGGCUGUUGAUCCAUCUUCGUGGAUUGCUGCAAAUUGUUGAGAAUUGGAACAGGCCUGAAGAUGCUGAUUCACAGCAGCCUAGUCAGUUUGCUCGCUCCCUCACAAAGGAAGUUGGCUUUCUUCAACGUGUCUUAUCUCGAACUCUGCAUGAGGUAGAUGUUCAAGCAAUUUUCAGGCAAGUGGUUAUAAUCUUCCACUCACAAAUUUCAGAAGCAUUUUCACAGCUUGAGAUUACCACUCCACAAGCAAAAAACAGGUUCUAUCGCGAUAUUCAGCAUAUUCUUGGUUGCAUUAGAUCAUUGCCAUCUGGUGAUUUGAGUGAAUCCGGUACCCCAAACUGGGGGCAACUUGAUGAAUUGUUGGUGCAAAGAUUUGGCACCGAAGCUGGUCAAUAA